CGCAUGCAGAAGAGAGCUGAGCGCUUCAAUGUGCCCGUCAGCCUGGAGAGCAAGAAGGCAGCACGGGCAGCACGGUUUGGUUUGGCCACGGUGUCCACUAAAGGCCUCUCUGCAGACAGCAAGCCCACGGUGAAUAUGGAUAAGUUAAAGGAAAGGGCUCAGAGGUUUGGGUUGAAUGUCUCCUCACUCUCCAAGAAGAAUGAAGAGGACGAGAAGCUGAAGAAGAGGAAGGAGCGGUUUGGCAUCGUGACGAGUUCGGCUGGAGCUACAGAGGACGCAGAGGCAAAGAAGAGGAAAAGAGCGGAGCGCUUCGGGAUCGUCUGA